UCCAACCCCUCUCCCUAAUGCGCACAGAGGUGCAGAAAUUGUCCAGCCUGGUGCUGCCGUCGGAAGUGAUCAUUGCGCAAAGCUCCAUCCCCGGGGAAGGGCUGGGCAUCUUCUCCAAGACCUGGAUCAAGGCUGGGACCGAGAUGGGACCUUUCACGGGCCGGGUCAUUUCGCCGGAGCAUGUGGAUCUGUGCAAGAACAACAACCUCAUGUGGGAGGUUUUCAACGAAGACGGCACCGUGCGGUACUUCAUCGAUGCCAGCCAGGAGGACCACCGGAGCUGGAUGACCUACAUCAAAUGUGCCCGCAACGAGCAGGAGCAGAACCUGGAGGUGGUCCAGAUCGGGAACAGCAUCUUCUACAAGGCCAUCGAGAUGAUUCCUCCGGACCAAGAGCUGCUGGUCUGGUACGGAAACUCCCACAACACCUUCCUGGGCAUCCCAGGCGUGCCGGGGCUGGAAGAGGAGCAGAAGAAGAACAAGCACGGUAGGUAACAUCAGAAAUGGCCA